CAGCGUGUACUGGCCAACAGCAAAGGUAUCCUCCACAGCGAGGCCAUUGCGUACAAAGAAUAAUAUCAAGCCUCAAGAGCCCGAGAGUGUCUGACUGCAGCAUCGCAUUGUAUCCUAUCACUUUGAUAUCCAGAUCCGUUCACGCAGAUCGUUCCUCCACAUCAGAGCAGUCUGAUAUUUACCCGAGCAUUCAGAACGUUGGAGUUUCAAGUAUCUCUUCGACGCUGACCUCGCAUGCAGGUCAAAUACUGUGGACAUUGUACUGAGGCCUCAACUUUUCGCUAUCGGGGCGCUCAAUUUCUGCUCAACAUGGCGAAGCGCAACCACGUUCCUCUUCGCCACCAACAUUCUGCUUCUGAUGUUCUCAGAGGUCCAAAUCAAUCUGAACAGCAACAGUUUCACUCAAGUGCCAAUGUGCCUCAAGAUAGAAGCAAUUGGCCAGCCGCCGUAUUCUCAACCGAGCCAAUGACGAUGCUAAAGUCGAAGUUUCAAGGACAUGCAACGUCCUGUUCCCCUUCAAUCGCACAACCGGACUCCAAGGACCUAGAUAAUAUCCUGGAGCAGAUUGCGCGGACAUACCCAGGUAUCAAACGUGCAACGCAUUGCAUGUACGCAUGGCGAGUACGUGCCUCGACUUCCCGCUCCAGCACUUCUACGAGUCCUUCUCGCCCGUCUAAAGGCUCUACAGACGUUCAACCGCCAAUCUCGACCUCGAUCCUCUCAGGUUCGUGCGACGGAAACGAGUCUGGUGCGGGCGAACGACUUUCGCGUCUUCUCGAGCUUGGUGGUUAUGAGAACGUGAUAGUGAUCGUUCAUCGAUGGUAUGGAGGUGUAAAGCUCGGAUCAGACAGGUGGAAAUGCAUCUCUGGCGCUGCGAAGGAAGCUCUUCAGCUGGGAGGUUUUCCACGCGGUGGAGAACAGACAUCAGUCUCUCAAUCCAGCUCACAAGGAUCCAAAGGCAAGAAGGGACGUAAAUCUAAGGCAUGAGCUCUCGGAAAUCCUGGUUAUUGACGAUCUCACUUCCACAUUGGAUGGCCGCCUGAACGACUUUGACACAUUCACAUACGUGGCGCAUGUUACUUGGGCGAGGAGAAUGCUCCGCCUCGAAUGGGCCAAAUAUAUGCCCAAUGACAUGACAAAGAGAGUCUUUACAUACAUCGCAUGGGAUUCACCACUCUGCCAGUGGAGACCUUGUUGAGGAGACGGAGCUAUCCUUUUGGUACACUGUAUCGCUCAGGCCGCAACUAGUGGUGGCUUGUUUUUCGGGAAAGUAUGGAGAUUUGUAGAACGUGAUGAUGGGAACGAACAUGGAGGUAGAUUGUCAGAAAAUCAUGGGUUCGUCUUUGUCAUGACCACGUUCGAAGGACUCUCAGGUUUUACCAACAAUGCAUUCAAUAUGCACCACCCGAAUACAGUCUCUCCAUUUGGCUUGGACAUCAAAGGCUCCUCAGUCAUGAUUUCCGC